AACUCCAGAGCUUGUGGACUUGUUCACAGAUGAAAAUGAACUUUUAAAAACAUUUGAUCUUCUUCUUUUCACCUUUUUCAUUUUAUAUCACAUUUUGUAGGCCUGACUUUGUCCUGGUUCAUUUCAAAUUUUACGUACAUUUCUUAGGUUUGAUAUAAGACUUUUAACUUUUCUUGAGUGACUGAACAUCGUUCGCAUAGCUCAAGCAUUUAAAGUUUUACUUGUCUUUGAUUUUGUCUUCUUUUGUGAGCCAGGCAUCAUUCUUACUUUUCUUGAGUGACUUUUCUUAAUAGUUUUGAUUUGAUAUACAAUUGCCUGUGCUCAGUCAUCCUGCCUGGAUUUACAGUAGUGACCAACACUUUCAUCCACGGUCUCUACACCAGUCCUACUUUUUCUUACCAAUCCCUCAAACUACUUCAACGGUCAGUCACUCCUCCAUCCAGGGCUAUGAGAGGAAGAGACAAGACCCAGCUCACAUCAUCAUGCAGGAGUUGAGGAGAGAGAAUGGGAGUUGGGCUGGCAAUGUUCAAGGGACUGUAUCUUCACUCCUCCGCCAUGCUUGUCAGCCUCCACCUCUCCUCUUCCCCUUUCUCCGACCGUCGCGUCCUGUCUUUGGUCUCCCUCGCUUCCUCUUCCAAACCGACCCUCUCCCUCUCGCUGCUUCUCCUCUCUCUCUUCUUCUUCCCCACCUGCGAGUCUCGCCGUGGAGGCGGGAUCGGGACGCCCGGCGGAGAGCGAGGCCAAUCGAUCAUCAGCCCUCCUCAUUAUCCUCCACCAGGAGUCAAUCCAGUGGGUCCUCCCUUGCCACCAAAGUUUGCUCAAGGCCUUAGCAUCGCAGUGAUCCUUGUGGGAAACUCCAGCGAGGUGUCUCUCUCUGAAGGUCUGGAGAAAGAGGACUUCCUACACGUGCCUCUCUCUCCCAAAGUCGAGCUGGUCACAAUGAACGAAACAGACCCCAAGAGUAUCAUAAACCGCAUCUGUGCUCUAAUGUCACGGAACUGGCUCCAGGGCGUGGUGUUUGGGGACGAUACCGACCAGGAGGCCAUCGCCCAGAUAUUGGACUUCAUCUCGGCUCAGACGCACAUCCCCAUCCUGGGCAUCCGCGGAGGCUCUUCCAUGAUCAUGGCCGCCAAGGAUGACCAUUCCAUGUUCUUCCAGUUUGGUCCCUCUAUAGAGCAGCAAGCCUCUGUCAUGCUUAACAUAAUGGAGGAAUAUGACUGGUACAUAUUCUCCAUCGUCACCACCUACUAUCCUGGAUACCAGGACUUUGUAAAUCGGAUCCGGAGUACCGUUGAGAACAGUUUUGUUGGCUGGGAGCUGGAAGAAGUGCUGCUGUUGGACAUGUCAGUCGACGAUGGCGACUCAAAGAUCCAGAACCAGAUGAAGAAGCUCCAAAGUCCUGUUAUACUACUGUACUGCACUAAAGAAGAAGCCACAACCAUUUUCGAGGUGGCACAUUCUGUCGGCCUCACUGGUUACGGUUACACCUGGAUUGUACCAUCUCUGGUGACAGGGGAUGCAGAUAAUGUACCCAACGUCUUUCCAACAGGUUUGAUCUCUGUUUCCUACGAUGAGUGGGACUACGGGCUGGAGGCUCGGGUGCGUGAUGCUGUAGCCAUAAUCGCCAUGGCAACCUCCACAAUGAUGCUGGAUCGGGGUCCUCACACGCUGCUUAAGUCUGGAUGCCACGGCACACCUGACAAGAAAGGCAGCAAGUCAGGAAACCCCAACGAGGUGCUGAGGUAUCUCAUGAAUGUGACAUUUGAAGGGCGCAACCUCUCCUUUAGUGAGGACGGUUUUCAGAUGCACCCAAAGUUGGUUAUUAUACUGUUAGAUAAGGAGAGGCAGUAUGACAGGGUCGGUAAAUGGGAGAACGGGUCUCUGACAAUGAAGUACCACGUGUGGCCUCGGUUCGAGCUGUACUCGGAUGCUGGGGAGCGAGAGGAUGACCACCUGUCCAUUGUUACGCUGGAGGAGGCUCCAUUUGUUAUUGUGGAGGAUGUCGACCCCCUCAGUGGCACCUGCAUGAGGAAUACAGUGCCGUGCAGAAAACAGCUCAAACUCCAAAAUCAGACAAAAGAUUCAGGGAUCUACAUUAAACGCUGUUGCAAGGGCUUCUGUAUAGACAUCCUCAAAAAGAUUGCAAAGUCUGUAAAAUUCACCUACGAUCUCUACCUGGUGACCAAUGGGAAGCAUGGCAAAAAGAUCAACGGCACAUGGAAUGGCAUGGUUGGAGAGGUGGUGCUUAAGAAUGCCCACAUGGCAGUGGGGUCCCUGACCAUAAAUGAAGAGAGGUCGGAGGUCAUUGACUUCUCUGUGCCCUUCAUAGAGACAGGAAUUAGUGUCAUGGUCUCUCGUAGCAAUGGCACAGUGUCUCCUUCUGCCUUUUUAGAGCCCUUCAGCGCUGAUGUCUGGGUAAUGAUGUUCGUUAUGCUGUUGAUAGUUUCAGCCGUGGCUGUCUUCGUCUUUGAGUACUUCAGUCCUGUUGGCUAUAAUCGCUGCUUGGCAGAUGGACGAGAGCCUGGCGGUCCCUCCUUCACCAUUGGAAAAGCUAUUUGGCUACUUUGGGGUUUGGUCUUCAAUAACUCUGUGCCCGUGCAGAACCCCAAAGGCACUACUAGCAAGAUCAUGGUAUCGGUCUGGGCCUUCUUCGCUGUGAUUUUCCUGGCCAGCUACACUGCCAACCUGGCCGCGUUUAUGAUUCAAGAGGAAUAUGUGGACCAGGUGACUGGCCUGAGUGAUAAAAAGUUUCAACAUCCGAAUGACUUUUCCCCUCCGUUCCGGUUCGGUACUGUGCCCAAUGGCAGCACAGAGAGAAACAUAAGGAAUAACUACAAGGAGAUGCACAGCUAUAUGACCAGCUUCCACCAGAAAAACGUAAACGAGGCGCUCCACAGCCUGAAGACGGGUAAAUUGGAUGCAUUUAUCUACGAUGCAGCGGUCUUGAACUACAUGGCCGGACGCGAUGAGGGCUGUAAACUGGUGACCAUUGGCAGUGGUUAUAUCUUUGCCACUACAGGGUAUGGCAUUGCCAUUCAGAAAGACUCAGGCUGGAAGAGGGCAGUGGACCUCGCCAUUCUGAUGCUUUUUGGAGAUGGUGAGAUGGAGGAACUUGAGGCCCUGUGGCUGACUGGCAUCUGCCACAAUGAGAAAAAUGAGGUGAUGAGCAGUCAGCUGGAUGUAGACAACAUGGCAGGUGUGUUCUAUAUGCUGGGAGCUGCAAUGGCCCUGUCCCUUAUCACAUUCAUCGCAGAGCACCUCUUCUACUGGCAACUGCGAUUCUGCUUCAUGGGUGUGUGCUCGGGCAAGCCCGGCGCCACCUUCUCCAUCAGCAGGGGCAUCUACAGUUGCAUCCAUGGUGUUCAGAUUGAAGAGAACAAAUCAGCCCUUGACUCACCAUCAGCCACUAUGAACAUGAACAUGAACAACACCCACUCCAACAUUCUUCGUUUGUUGCGUACUGCCAAAAACAUGACCUCUGUGCCUGGGGUCAAUGGUUCACCCCUCAGCGCAUUGGACUACAGCCAUCGUGAGUCAGCCGUUUAUGACAUCAGUGAACACCGGCGCAGCCUAGUAGGCCACACAGACUGCAAGCCUCCACCGUACCUGCCAGAGGACAACAUGUUCAGCGACUAUGUAAGCGAGGUGGAGAGGACUUUUGGGAACUUGCACCUGAAGGACAGCAACCUGUACCAGGAUCAUUACCUACACCACCAUGGGGGCACGGGAUCCGAACUGGCUCUCGGUAUGUCGGGUCCCCUGCCUAACCGACCUCGUAGCUUAGGGAGUGCCAGUUCAUUGGAGGGUGGGUACGAUUGUGACAGCUUAGGGGGAGGGGUAGCGCCCAUCUUCACCACCCAGCCACGGCAGUCGCUGACACAUCGGAACAGGGAAAAGUUUGACCUGAUUGCAGGUCACCCAACCCAGUCAAGCUUCAAGUCUGGCCUGCCUGAUCUAUACGGAAAGUUCUCCUUCAAGGGUGGGGCAUCCAGUUCAGGUUUUAUAGCAGGACAUGACAGGUACUGUGGGGGAGGUGGGGUGGGAUCGGGAGGGGAUGAUGGAAACAUUCGAUCCGACGUGUCUGAUAUUUCCACUCACACCGUGACCUACGGGAACCUCGAAGGGCACGGCAAACGGCGCAAGCAGUACAGGGACAGCCUAAAAAAGAGACCCGCUUCUGCCAAGUCUCGCCGUGAGCAGGAUGAGAUUGAGCUUGGAUUCAGGAGACGCCCCCACCACACUAUCCAUCAUCACCACCAUCAUCCAGCAACACAAGCACACCGCUCAGCCACCCCACCCGUGGAGCGCAAGAGCCAGAGAGGUGGUAACGGCACCUCCUAUCUGUUCAGAGACAAAGAUAAUUUGAGGGACUUCUAUGUGGAUCAGUUUCGAGCCAAGGAAGGGGCAUCUCCAUGGGAACAUUUGGAUUUAAGUGAUGCUCCAGGAAUGGGUGGAGGAGUGGGACUGGGCGGAGGUGGUUGCGGUGGAGUAGUUAGUAGCGGUGGUGCUGGGGGAGCGUGCACUAGUUUGGUUCCCAUUGAAGAUUUCCUGAAAGGUAAAUCUAAGAAGACAGAAUGUAAGGGUGGAAUGGGAGGAGGAUCACCUGGGCAACAGGGCCAUGCAUGCUGGGAAAAGGGCAUCGGAGGGGUGGGAGGGUUGGCUGGAGGGGAUUGGGAAUGUCGCAAUUGCCACAGUGGAGGGGUUGGAAGUGGAGGAAGCAAGCCAGUUUGCAUGCAUGGGGGAGGCGGGGCCGGGGCCUAUCCAGCUGCUGGGGGAGUUGGGGGAUCCAGUGGUGGGAGUGGACAAAUCUCAAGUCGCCCUAGUUCCGCCUCCUGCAAGCGGUGUGAUUCGUGCAAGAAACCGGGCAACUUAUAUGACAUCAGUGAGGACAACCACCUCCUCUUGGAUCAAAUUGGGGGCAAGCACCCUCUGGAGAGCGGAAAGGGAGGGGGAGGCACAGGGGCCCAAACCCAGGUACAGAGGCGGAAAUUUGGCCCAGGUGGUAAGGUUUUGCGCAGGCAGCACUCUUAUGACACGUUUGUAGAGCUGCAGAAGGAAGGGGCGGGCAGGAUGGGUGGGUUUGGAGGCAGUGGUGGAGCGUCAAUGCUUCCUCCACCCCGAAGCGUGAGCCUAAAAGACAAAGACCGCUACAUGGAGGGCGCAAGCCCCUACGCCCAGAUGUUUGAGCAGUAUGCGGGAGGGGAGCGGGAGACAACAUAUUUUGGGGACAGAGGGAAGGGUGGGGGUUCAUCAUUUAGCUUAUUUCGUGGGGGUGAAGGUGGGUUGCACCGUCGCUCCGUGGGUGAGAGAGACAUGAGGGACAGGGAUAGAGGCAUGAUGGGAGGAGGUGUGGGCGGUACCCGAGGGGUCGGGACUUACUCCUUGUCUAAAUCUCUCUACCCAGAUAAGGUGAACCAGAACCCAUUCAUCCCAACCUUCGGCGACGACCAGUGUCUAUUACACGGCGCCAAAUCAUACUACAUCAAAAAGCAGCAGACACAGCCGCAGCAGCAACAGACGCCACAACAGCAGCAGCAGCAACAGCUCCUCAACAACAAUCGGGCUGACUUCCGGGGCUCCAUGGGGGUGACUUCCUAUUUGCCUGCUUCCGCAACUUCUGGGGUGCUGUCCAAUGUGGCCCCUCGCUUCCCCAAGGAGCUAUGUCUGGGCGGGCCUCUUGGCAACCACCACGGUGGAGGACCUAGCAACAACAAGCUGCUGUCAGCAAGGGAUGGGUUAGGAAUGGGUCAAGGACAGAGACCGUUUAAUGGAUCGAGCAACGGACAUGUUUAUGAGAAGCUUUCCAGUAUAGAGUCUGAUGUCUGAAGAUGGGAGUCAGAAGCAGAUAGAAAUAUGGAAAAGAAGCCAACGGACAUGUGGAAUGAUGAAUGAGAGACAACUGAAAAGACAGUGUGUAAUUAGUACCUUCAUGCCCACAAAAAGAAGAAGAGGAAACCGUGUAUAAGGAACUGACUCAUGCUUUCAUUAAGUUACGCGGAUCAUGUGCUGCCAAGCGUACGUAUGUAAAUAGAGAGGGGACCUUCCCACUGUUGAAAAGUUGAGAUUAAGGGGAAAACCUGUUUAUUCCUCUCUUUUAUUCUCAUGGUUUUUUUUGUAUAUUCCACUAUUUCUCUGCUCCUAACAUCAAAAUAGUGGCCGAUCCAGAUGGAGACAACCGUGUACAAUCCUUUGUACAAUUGUGGAUGGAAAUCAGUUAAUCUUUUUAAACAACAGGGUAAAACUUACAAUAAUUGUAUUGAUAAUGUUCUUGAUAAUAAUAUUAUUAUAUAUUAUUACAAUGUUUAUGAUGUUCCAUUUGGGCUUGGUUUCUGGAUGUUUUAUGCUGUUAUAUAUUUGUACUGUAGUUUCAGUUCUUGGUUAACAAACCACUUUGCGGGAGGCUUAUUUGAUUUGUCAAUUGACCUAAUUUGAUUGUUAAUUGAGUUGUAGACAAAUGUGGAUUCCAUAAAGGUUCUUUAUUAUU